AUGGUCAUCAACCAGCCCUCCAACCAGAUCAAGCUCACCAACGUCUCGCUCGUGCGCCUCAAGAAGGGCAAAAAGCGCUUCGAGAUCGCCUGCUACAAGAACAAGGUCCUCGAGUGGCGCUCCGGCAUCGAGACCAACCUCGACAACGUCCUGCAGAUCCCCAGCGUCUUCCUCAACGUCUCCAAGGGCCAGACCGCCCCCUCGGCCGAGCUCGCCAAGGCCUUCGGCAAGGACGCCAAGGUCGACGACAUCAUCCUCGAGAUCCUCAACAAGGGCGAGCAGCAGGUCGGCGAGAAGGAGCGCGCCGCCCAGACCGAGCGCGUCCAUGCUGAGGUCCUGAGCAUCGUCGCCAGCCGCCUCGUCGACCCCCGCACCAAGCGCGUCUACACCACCGGCAUGAUCGACAAGGCCCUCGACAUGCUCAGCGCCCAGGCCCACCAGCAGCAGCAGCAGCACGCCGGCGCCGAGAGCAAGUCCGCCGCCGGCAGCGGCGCCGGCACCCCGGCCACCGGCGAGUCCGGCGAGGCCAAGCCCCGACCCGCCCCCAAGGCCGUGUGGACGGGCGUGACGAGCACCAAGAGCGCCAAGUCGCAGGCCCUGGACGCCAUGAGAGCCCUCAUCGCCCACCAGCCCAUCCCCGUGGCCAGGGCCCGCAUGAGGCUGCGCAUCACAUGCUCGACAAACGUGCUAAAGCAGGCUGUCAAGGCGCCCAAGGGUCAAGACGCAAAGGCCGACGGGGAUGAUCAAAAGGCAGCGCCUGGGACAGUCAAGGACAAGAUCCUCAGCUACGUCGAGCAGGUGGAGAACCAGGAUGUAAUAGGAUCGGAAUGGGAGGUGACGGGCUUCGUAGAACCCGGUGCUUUCAAGGGCUUGUCCGACUUUGUUGGCAACGAGACCAAAGGUCAGGGAAGAGUCGAGGUUCUCGACAUGGCUGUCACCCACGAGGACUGA